UAUUUGCAUGUAAAUGUCUCUAAGUGUUUGAAGUAAAGAUCUCAGUCGUGUGGGAAUAAGGCAAGGUGGACGUUCACGCGCACACACACACUCGCAUACAUACACACAUCUGUCAUAGUCACAUUUGGACACACUGAUCGGACGUCUCAGCUGUCCCGUUCGGGUGUGGCUACUGUAAUAGUGAAAGGAUAUCAACCCGUUGACUUUUAGGGAGUCAUGGAUCCUAUUAAAGGAGAGACGCUGUUAAAAGUCCAGCAGUUACGGGAUCAGUUUGAUAACCUGGAAAAGCACACACAGUGGGGAAUCGACUUUGUGGAAAAAUACACCAAAUUUGUGAAGGAAAGGUCUGAGAUCGAGCUUAACUAUGCAAGACAGAUCAGGAAUCUGUCCAAGAAAUACCAGCCUAAGAAGAAAGAGGAAGAUGACAAUAAGUACACGUGGUGUCGUGCGUUUCAUUCGACGCUAAACGAGCUGAACGAUUACGCCGGACAGCAUGAGCUCAUCGCAGAGAACAUGACGUCACAGAUCAUCGCCGAACUCACGCGAUACGCACAGGAAAUCAAAACAGAGAGGAAAUCGCAUUUCCAUGAUGGACGAAAGGCACAGCAACAGAUUGAAGCCAGUUGGAAACAGCUGGAAUCGUGUAAGAGGAAGUUCGAGCGGGACUGCAAAGAAGCUGAUCGAGCCCAGCAGUACUUUGAGAAGAUGGACGCAGACAUCAAUGUGACGAAAGCAGAUGUGGAGAAGGCACGGCAGCAGGCUCAGAUGAGACACCAGAUGGCUUCUGACAGCAAGAGUGAAUAUUCCUCAUACCUGCAGAAGUUCAACCAGGAACAGAACGAACAUUAUUACACCAUCAUCCCUAAUAUUUUCCAGAAGAUCCAGGCGAUGGAGGAGAAGAGGAUAGAGCGGAUGGGCGAGUCUCUGAAGACGUUUGCGGAGGUCGACCGGCAGAUUCUGCCCAUCAUUGGGAAAUGCUUGGAUGGAAUAACACAAGUGGCCGAGUCUAUUGAACCCAAAAAUGACUCGUCCCAGGUGAUAGAGUCUUAUAAGUCUGGGUUUGAGCCUCCAGGCGAUGUGGAGUUUGAAGACUACGGACAGGCGAUGAAAAGAACGGUGUCUGAGACCAGCCUCACUAACUCACGCCCGGACAACAAACCGGACCGUUCCAGCAAGGGCAAGAGCAAAACUCUCUGGCCUUUCAAUAAGAAAAACAAGCUUAUGUCCCUGUUAACGUCCCCCAUACCUCGCCAGCCCCCCCCUGACCCUCCCUCACCUUCUGCUGUGACCCCUGACCCCUGCCCCACUCCCCAGACCCCCAAACAGUCCAAGGAGCCCCUGUCCCACCGAUUCAACGACCUCAUGACCUCCAAGCCCAAAAUGCACUGCCUCAGGAGCCUCCGGCGCGGGUCUGCCCAGUCUCUCUAUUAUAAUAAAGAAAUCAUGAAGAGGACUCUCGGUCGGCCUACGUAUGCUUUCGAGGCCAGGCAAUAUGUCCUCUCUCUAAAGCUGCUCUCACUCAAUGCCCACGUGCGGAACCUAAUUGAGGGUUCGAAUCCUGAGGACUUCAGUCAUCUUCCUCCAGAACAGAGAAGGAAGAAGCUUCAGGCGAAGAUCGAUGAUAUCAAUAAAGACAUUCAGAAGGAGAUGGACCAGAGAGAUGCUUUGACUAAAAUGAAGGAAGUGUACAUAAAGAACCCACAGAUGGGGGAUCCCAACAGCGUGGACCCUCGGUUAGCAGAGAUUGCCCACAACAUUGAGAAACUGCAAGCGGAGGCUCAGAAAUUUGAGGGCUGGUUAGCAGAGGUCGAAGGAAGGAUGCCGGUAAAGAGUGAACCUCCACGGAGGACGAGUGUCCUAUACGAGACCCAAAACAGCACACCGCCCACCAACAACAACUGUGCACAGGAUAGAGAGAGCAGUCCGGAUGGCAGUUACACAGAGGAACCGAGUUCUGAGGUCCAGAGUAAAGUCCAACCCGAAACAGCUGAGUCUGGAGAUGAAUUUGAUGAUGCGGAUGAAGAAAUGCUACCGACUAUAGGCACCUGCAAAGCCCUCUACCCAUUUGAAGGUGUUAAUGAAGGCACCAUCUCAGUAACGGAAGGUGAGCUCUUGUAUGUAAUAGAGGAAGACAAAGGUGACGGAUGGACACGUGUUAGAAGAAACGAGGAAGAGGAGGGUUACGUCCCCACAUCCUACGUCGAGGUCUUUCUGGACUCCAACGCCAAAGAUUCGUAAAGUAUGGAAGGAGGACUCAGUGGUGCAGGGCAAACAGCAGCCACAUGUGGGGAAAACUACAGCCUACCCUCCAUGAACCGCCCUAGAGUGAGACAGAUGAGAGACAGACACAAAAUAAAGAGAGGAACAGUGAAAGAAGCGAGAGGAAGAGGCUAUAGAAACCUCUCGGCCUAAAUUCUCCUGCUGUAGAGAGGAACUUUAACAGUGAAUCAGAGAAAUAUAAUGGCAUUUAGAUUUAUUAUCUGUCUGUUAUUUUAUAAUGAGGUGAAUAUGAUCUGCAUAUAUCAUUUUGCUUUACGGCUCUUCAUCGCUGCUGAACGGCGCUAACGUUUCUUUCAGCCUGUGCGAACGAGUAUGUGUAUGUGUGUUUGUCCUUAAAGGUCUUGUUUAUGAUUUCCUCACCUUUCCCAAACUAAAACCCUGGGAAUGUGGUCUGUAAAAGGAGCUGAAUUUGCGGUACCACAACAGUGCUGCGUUCCAUCCGUAUUCCUACUAUACAUAGCUUGAUGCUUGAAAGAUGAUGCACACUACUAGCCAGAAUUUUGGAGCAAUUAAGAUUUUUAAUGUUUUUAAAAGAAGUCUCUUAUGCUUACCAAGGCUGCACUUGUUGCAUCAAAAAAUACAGUAAAAUUGUGAAAUAUUUUUACAAUUUAAAAUAGCUGUUUUCCAUUUGAAUACAAUUUAAAAUGUAAUUUAUUCCUCUGAUGCAAUGCUGAAUUUUCAGCAUCAUUUCUCCAGUCUUCAAUGUCACAUUAUUCUUCAGAAAUCAUUCUAAUAUGCAGAUUUGCUGCUCAGUUAUUAUCGGUGCUCAGUUAUUUAUAAUGGUUCUUAACAUCAUCAAUGCAGAGAACAGUUUUUGCUGCUGAAACAGUGAAUUUUUCAGAAUUCUUCUUGUCAAAAAACAAUACUUAUUUGAAAUAGAAGCCUUUUUAACAUUAAAAAUGUCUUGUCUCUCACUUUUCAAUUAAAUGUGCCCUUACUGAAUAAAAAAUAUUAAUUUCUUUUUUUUUUUUUAAAUCUUACCUAAACUUUUGAAUGGAAUGAAAUAAAAUAAAAAAUAAACUAAAAAGAUAUAUAUAUACAUAUUACAUUUUAAAACAUCAAAAUAGACAACAGAUAUUUGAAACUGAAAUAUUAUUUCACAAUAUUAAGUGUUUUUAACUAUAUUUUUGAUCAAAUAAAUCCAGCCUUGGUGAGCAGAAGAGACUUCUUUCAAAAACAUGAAUAAAUCAUGAUUAUUCUAAACAUUUAGCGUAUAAAGAAACAAAAAGGCAAUGCAUGUUUUACAGGUUUAUGAUUAUCAACAAAUCAUGUUUUGUACAGUUAAAAACAUUCAUAUACACACAUAUGAUGUAAGAACUUUGACUCGUUUAUACAUUUUAUUUGCUUAAAAGCAUUUGUUUAACAUUAACCAGACGUUCUGCUGUUUGUGUGAUGUAAAAUGUCUUUAAGUGCCCUUCGAUUGCACUGCAUCUUUCUCGAUUUAAAUGGAACGCAGCAUCAAAAUACUUCAUGAUGUCACUCAUUCCAGCUCCUUUAUCAGGCCACGCCCCUUUAGACCCCUUGACUCCACCUCCCAAAGAUAACAGCUGCUGGCCAUUGGUUGCUCACAUGGCUGUGGCACACGUCAAGGGCGGGGCUUCACUGGCCAAUAGCAUGUCUGCUUGCCCUGGCACCUCCUCUGUCUCCGCCCUUCCAGUGCAAUUACUAAUCCUGUCUGUCUGUUUGCCAUCUAAUCGACCCUUCAGUGAUUCACAUUUUCAUUCAUUUAAUCUUUUAGACUUCCUGCUUUACCGUAACCGUCCAAUCAUCAUGCUCAAACGCUGUUUUUGUUCGUCAGGCAGGGGAGGGGCUAUAUUUACACUCAUGAAUAUGCUAAUGUCCUGUUGAUAUGGGUAUGUAUUUAUUGUGACAGCUGUUUCGUUCACGUCUUCAUGGUUUUACCCUGUGGAGCACCCAGCCGAGAACCUCGCAACCUCAUUGGUUUCGCCGGUUAAAUAUAUAUAUGUGUACUCUGAGCCAAAUGUACAGGUUAAUCAGACAUUUAACAUGCAUCAUGUGAGCUGUGAGCGUUUGUAUGGCUCUCUUAACCUGAAGAAUAGACUUGGAGGUUUUUAAUUCAACUGAUUUUUUUUCCCUUUUUAAUGUAAUCACUGUGGACAAAAAGGAUUGAUUUUUUCUGUUGUGAAGAGAUUAUAUUUUUAUUUCAUUUUGUCAUCUUCCAUUGUUUACUCACCAUCCCUGAGGCACAUAAUAAUUUUAGCUUUUCUUUUUAUAUUUUUUAAUUCUCUCACACAGUCAUUUUGGGUCCAGGAGAGUUUUUAGAUAUUUAAAACUUUUUUUUUUUUUUUUUUUUUCUUUUAUUAUUAUUUUUAGCCCAAAACAUCUACAUCUCUACAGGCAGCAUCAUGGAAAUGAAACUUCGCACAUGCCACAGAUCUGCUAUUUAAUACUGAAUGCUUUUAUUAUGUUUAACAAAGCGCUUAUUGAUGAAUUACGAUGUUUUAUGUUGAAUGAAUUGAGCAGCCUCUCAGAAUAACUGACUCACUCGCUAUUGAUGAACCUGUAAAUAUGAAAAUGUGUAAUAAACAAGCAAAGGUUUUGAAAGCGAAGAACAUCUCACCAACCUGAAGAGGAAAACGUCAUUUCGUAUAUGUCUUCCAAACAUACACACUUUCUCAAGUGCUCUAUCUCUCUUUGAGAACAAAACAACUUAGUUUAAGCCUUUUCAGCAUUGUUAUACUCUACUGGCUAUCGCCAUGUGACAUAUACAUACACACAGCUGUCUUAUUUGACCUGAAUCAUUUGCCCUCAGCCCCUACCCGCUCUAUUUGGGGCUUCAAAACACCAUUCCCGAAUCAGAGAAUUAUAAAUAUAUAUAUAUGUAUAUCUAUACGUACAAGUCUAUAAAUAAGAGUGAACUACCAAUCCAUGGUAAGAGUCUAUUUUUAAAUUUUGAUUAAUAAAAAUGUCCCAGUUUCUUUUUUCUGCUUUGCUUAAUGAAUUAAACUUUUUUUUUUUUUUUUGGUCUCGUUUAGUGGGGUCAGCCAAAUGUUUGUUUUGCACUUUUUUGUUUGUGUUCUAUUUGUUAUGCUUGUGUUUUGGAGCACUGAAUACUUUGUAUGUGUUAACUGUGCCAAUUAAAAAUAGAGGGGAAAAUCAA